AUGCCCCGCGCUCCCGCCUAUCGCCCCGCCCGCACCUGGCGCAUGCGCACAGCUCCAUAUGGCUCCAAGAUGGCCGACACAGCGUCCGGGGGCUCCGGCACGCGCGGCAGCAAGCCGGCGGGCAGCCCUGCGGACAAUUACCAGCUGGCGCGGCGCCGCACGCUGCAGGUGGUGGUCAGCUCGCUGCUCACCGAGGCCGGCUUCGAGAGCGCCGAGCGCGCGGCGGUGGAGACGCUCACCGAGAUGAUCCAGAGCUAUAUUUCAGAAAUUGGGAGGAGUGCCAAGUCCUACUGCGAGCACACAGCCAGGACCCAGCCCACGCUCUCAGACAUCGUGGUGACCCUGGUGGAAAUGGGCUUCAACGUGGAAACUCUUCCCGCCUACGCCAAGCGCUCCCAGAGGAUGGUGAUCACUGCCCCUCCGGUGACAAACCAGCCCGUGACCCCCAAAGCCCUGACAGCUGGGCAGAACAAGCCUCAUCCACCCCACAUUCCCGGCCAUUUCCCAGAGUUCCCAGAUCCUCACACUUACAUCAAGACACCAACCUACCGGGAGCCCGUGUCCGACUACCAGGUGCUGCGGGAGAAGGCGGCUUCCCAACGGAGGGACGUGGAGAGGGCCCUCACACGCUUCAUGGCCAAGACAGGAGAGACCCAGAGCCUCUUCAAGGAUGAUGUCAGCACAUUCCCACUGAUUGCUGCCAGGCCUUUCACUGUGCCCUACCUGACAGCCCUGCUCCCCUCCGAGCUGGAGAUGCAGCAGAUGGAGGAGACGGAUUCCUCGGAGCAGGACGAGCAGACGGACACCGAGAACCUCCCGCUGCACAUGAGCACGGAUGAUGCAGGGCCCGAGAAGGAGAACACCUCAGCGCUGCAGCAGAGCAGCUCCCUGGCAGGCAGCAGGAACGGGGAGGAGAACGUCAUCGACAACCCCUACCUGCGGCCCGUGAAGAAACCCAAAAUCCGCAGGAAGAAGUGACGGGGCGGGGUGGGAUUCCCAAAUCCCCAAAUUCCUCUGGGAAUUUCACACAAGGGGUCAGGAGAGGCAGAGCAGCUGAGGAGGGAUCUCUCAGCGUGGGGAGCUCCACGCCCACCCUGCUUUGCCUCUGCUCACUGCGACGCUCCAGGAAAAACCACCCGGGAAUUGUCCGGGGGACUUUGGCUUCUGCUGUGGGGAGGAUUUGUGUUCUGAAGGGAUGAGAGACACGGGGCGUGGAGGGACACGGGACACGGGACAUGGACACGGGACAUGG